AGCGGGGAGAAUGGCGGCUGCUAGCGGAGCAGGAGCCGGAGCCGGAGCCGCGGGCGCCCCGGCAGCAGGUCUGAGCCCAAUCCUCGCGUGUCCUGAUCUGAGCCCCCCAGGCCGAGAACUCUAAGGCUGCCACCACUCAAAGCCCUAAAGAUGAACAAGGAAGCAACCGAGGUAUCUGAAAACAACCAUCACCUGAAGGUUUUCCUGCCGAAGAAGCUGGUGGAUUGCGUGCCCAAGUGCCCCAGCCUGCCAAAGGAGCGCCUGCGCUGGAACACCAACGAGGAGAUUGCUUCCUAUCUGAUCACCUUCGAGAAACAUGAAGAGUGGCUCUCGUGUUCACCCAAGACCAGACCUCAGAACGGCUCCAUCAUUCUGUACAACCGCAAGAAGGUGAAGUACCGGAAGGACGGCUAUUGUUGGAAGAAGCGGAAGGACGGCAAGACCACCCGCGAGGACCACAUGAAGCUGAAAGUGAAAGGUGUAGAGUGUCUCUAUGGCUGCUACGUCCACUCGUCCAUCGUCCCCACAUUCCACCGCCGCUGCUAUUGGCUGCUGCAGAAUCCAGACAUCGUGUUGGUGCACUACUUGAACGUCCCGGCCAUCGAGGACUGCGGGAAGAUCUGCGGCCCCGUCUUGUGCGCCAUCAACAGCGACCGCAGGGAGUGGUUGAAGUGGUCGAAGGAAGAGCUGGUGGGCCAGUUGAAGCCAAUGUUUCACGGGAAAAAGUGGACGUGCAGCAACGGGAACAGCACUGCGGAGUUCUCCAUCGAACAGCUGGUGCAGCAGAUCUUGGAGAGCCACCAGGCCAAGCCCCCGCCCCGGACACAUGCCUGCCUCUGCAGCAGCGGCCUGGGGAGCCCCGGUCACGUCCCGCACAAAUGCAGCAGCACGAAGCACCGGAUCAUCUCCCCGAAGGUGGAAGCCCGCCCUGGCCCCUACCCCGCCCUGACAGAAGUCCAGAACAUCUCCAGCGGCCCCGAGGCAAAAGCCGAGCCGGAACCGGCCAAGAGCAAGGACCUGAAGGCGGCGCAGGCAGCCUCCCCCGGCGGGGGGCGGCGACACCCCCGACUCCACGCAGCCCUCGCCUGGCCCGGCCCAGACCAAGGGUUCCCCAAGCAGGGGCUGCCCGCUGUCACCCUCUCGGUAGGCCUCCCAGGGAGCGCCAUUCUGCUCAUGACGGGGCUCAGCGGUGCUGAAAAGCCGCUGGCGCUGACCCCCAGCCAGCACCUGGUAUCGGGGGACGGCGGGGGGGUGCCCGCCGCCCCCCUCAGCUUGGCCCUUUUGCCGGGGCCGGGCCUGGUCCUGUCCCAGAACCUGGAGUCCACCAUGGAGACCAGCGAGGCGGGCCCGGCGGCCUUUGACCCGGACUGUUUCCUGAACAGCCCCACGCAAGGCCAGACCUACGGCGGGGGGGCGGGCCUUCAAGCCAAGCCUCAGCCCCAGGAGAGCGCUGCCCCCCCGGCCUACUCUCUGUACAUGCCCGCCAACCGCUUCUUCAUCCAAGACGACGGGGCCGGGCAGGUGCCCACGCCAGCCGUGCCACCCUCCGCUGCGGGAACGGAGGAGGCGGAGGAAGCCAAGAACGCUCCCGAGACACCCAUGGAGACUGCGGGGGAAGGCGGCUCGCCGGCCAAGGGGGCUCCCAACGGGGACCGCAGGGGGCCGACUGGAGGGCCGGCGGAAAUUUCGGCCACGGAGCUCCAGGAGGAGCUGUACUCCAUGAUCCAGACGGCGGCGGCGGCGGCAGCAGCGGCAGGAGGCUCGUUCGGCCUCUCGUUCGACAGCCACUUCCCCGACCUCAUUAGCGAGCUCAUGACUGACGAGGCCGGGAGCGGCAGCGCGGGCAGCAGCACCGAGGGCACCAGCGCCGGCUCCGAGAGCCCCGGGCCGGCCCUGCCCGAGUCGCUGGCAGAGCCCUGCUACGCGGUCGAAGGUGGCCCGCCGGGGGGCUCACUGCCCCAGCAGCCCCUGGUGCCAAUCACGGACUUCUCACCUGAAUGGUCCUACCCUGAGGGCGGGGUCAAGGUGCUGAUCACCGGCCCCUGGAUGGAGGAGACCGAGCCGUACAGCUGCCUCUUCGAUCAGAUCUCCGUCCCUGCUUCACUGAUCCAGUCUGGGGUGCUGCGCUGCUACUGCCCAGCCCACGAGGCCGGCCUGGUGCCCUUGCAGGUGGCCCACGACUCCCGCUUGGUCUCCAUGUCGGUUCUGUUUGAGUACCGGGCCCGGAACUUCAUGGCGCUGCCCAGCACCCAACUGGACUGGCUCUCUUUGGACGAUAACCAGUUCAGGAUGUCCAUCCUGGAGCGCCUGGAACAGAUGGAGAAGCGCGUGGCCGAGAUGAACGUCCCCGCAGGGCCCCCAGCCCAGCAGCGGGGGGAGAAGAAGCCUCCCAGUCAGGCUGCCUCAGACUCCUUUGAGGACCGCAUUGUGGCGCUGUGCGAGAAAAUGAUGUCGCAGUCCUGCUGGCUUCGUUCGGAGACCCUCGUGCACCACGUCAGCUUCCGGGGGAUGAGCCUGCUGCACCUGGCCGCCGCCCAAGGCUACACCCGCCUCAUCGAGAGCCUCAUCAAGUGGCGGACCCUCAACGCCCAGAGCCUGGACCUGGAGCAGGAGGUGGACCCGCUCAACGUGGACCACUUCUCCUGCACCCCUCUGAUGUGGGCUUGUGCCCUCGGCCACUUGGAAGCGGCCCAGCUCCUCUACCGUUGGAACAGCCAUGCCCUUUCCAUCCCGGACUCCCUGGGCCGCCUCCCGCUCACCGUGGCUCGUUCCCGCGGCCACGUUAAGUUGGCCACAUGCCUGGAGGAGCUGCAACGCCAGGAAGAGGCGCCCUCUGAACCGCCGGGCAUGGAGCCUGGCGCGGAUCUUCCGGGCAGCGCCAGCAAGGCCUGUGGCGGCCCACGACGGCCCACGGAAGCUCUGCACAUCCCCUCUCCGCUCUCUGCCAGCCCAGACACAGGGCUCAGCACCGCCAGCGGCGUCUCCUCCCCCUCCGAACUCUCAGAGGGCUCCUUGUCCAUCACCUCGGCCUACUCCAGUGGGUCGGCCUUGCGGGAGUCCCCGGCCUACAGCCCCGACGCCGAGGGGGCCAUGGACGUGUGCCAGGCUCUGGCACCGGACGGCGUGGCCCGGUGGUACUUGCGGGAGGCCCCCAGCCCCCACGGCCUCCCUCACGCUCCCUUCUUCAUGGACUACGACGAGGUGGGGGCUGCAGGCCUGGCCGGAGGGCCAGAACCGGACCUGGCGCCUGAGUUGCUGGGCUAUGGGGAGAACGCGGAGAACGAGGAGUACCUGCCAGCCGCGGAUGUCCUGCAGGUGGACAUGAUCACACUGGCCAAACAGAUCAUUGAGGCAACGCCGGAGCGCAUCAAGCAGGAGGACUUCACCUGCGCCGAGGCGCCUCUCCGGGAGCGGCCCGGAAACCUGUGCCUGAGCGAGACCAUGUCCUGGCUGGCCAGCUACUUGGAGAACGUGGACCAGCUGCCCAACGCCCCCCAGCGACGGUCCCUGGCCGCCUCCCCGCCCUCGGCGCACCCCUGCCUCAGCCCCCUGCCCUCCCCGCUGGGCGAGCUGUCCUUCGAGCGCCUCCCUCCGCCCCCCACGGCCGCCAGCUGGGCGGAGUUCCUCAACGCCUCCGCCAACGGGAAGAUGGAGAGCGACUUUGCCUUGUUGACGCUCUCAGACCAUGAGCAGCGGGAGCUGUACGAGGCCGCCAAAAUCAUCCAGACUGCCUUUCGCAAGUACAAGGGCCGCCGGCUGAAGGAGCAACAGGAAAUUGCAGCAGCCGUCAUCCAGCGAUGCUACCGCAAGUAUAAGCAGUACGCGCUCUACAAGAAGAUGACGCAGGCAGCCAUCUUGAUCCAGAGCAAGUUCCGCAGCUACUCCGAGCAGAAGAAGUUCCAGCAGAGCCGCCGGGCCGCCGUCCUCAUCCAGCAGUCCUACCGCAGCUACAAGGAGUACGAGAAGCUGAAGCAGGGGCACCGGGCCUCGGCCGCCAUGCAGCAGAAGAUCAAGGGAACGUUCCUCACCAAGAAGCAAGACCAGGCCGCGCGCAAGAUCAUGAGGUUCCUGCGGCGCUGCCGGCACAGGAUGAAGGAGCUGAAGCAGCGGCAGGAGAUGGAGCCCCCCUCACAGAAGCGAGGCAUGGCCACUUAGCCGGCGGAGGAGGAAGAGGAGGAAGAGGAGCCAGGACUGCGCCGGGCUGCCUACCUCCGCGGAGAGUCUUAAUCCCCGCCCAGGGCCCUCGGAGGCCAGGCGGACGGAGUGUCUCCCCCAUUUCAAGGACUGUGCAAUAGAGACUGGCCAAGAGGCAGAGGCAGGGUCUCCCCCCUCCCUCCCUCCAGGGUGGGGGCAGAGGCAGCCCUUGCUCUGACCCGAGCACUGAGGCCCCAGCAGAGGCCCCCCUCCCGGAUGCUGGAGCCCCCUUCCCCCGUGCACGCUUCGCCUUAUGUCUGUGCCAAGUCUUUGCCCUUCCCCCCCCUGCUGCCCCCAUCUCCCUCAAGCCCAUGGGGCGCCUGUGUGGGUUGGAGGCCUUUCCAGUGGGUCAGAGGCAGAAUGCCUGGGCUUUCUGGGAAAGUGGGGGGGGAGGGUGUUACGCUUCUCUCUAGACCCCCACCCCUGCCAUCAUAGAGGGACCCAAUCCCUUCACUCCACCUCUUUCAGGGGGUCCUUCUGGAAGAAGCCAGCCCCCACCCCAUCUCUCUCCUGCAAUGCACUUUUGAUUCCCCACCCCCCCCACCCCCGGUCUGUACCCUUCUCCCCCCUCCCUUCCUUUUUCACAAGGGUGUGUUGUUCACACAAGUUGUCCCA